AUGGAUGCCAAGAAAGAUAAAAGGUAUGAAGAAGAAGUUUUUUGGAGAGCAAAUGUUCAAGCUACUCAGGAGCAUCUAGCAUCACAAGAUGCUAACUUUGAUCUAUUUGGGUCAUCUGCAACGACUCAAAUGUCUUUAAUUCAACAAAGCAUGUCCACUUUUUUCAAAAUUGUGGACAAUAAAUUAAGCAGUGUCAUGAAACUUGGCUCCUUUAAUCAUGAAGAAAGCAUGCAAUUCUAUAACGACAUGCGUAUCCAAAUUGAAAAAUGCUCCCAACCAACCGAAGCAUCCGCCGCUCAUACGCUUUCUGACGAGAUCGAUCCUACAUCGUCGCCACCAUGCUCAGAGGAAUAA